AUGUCUAUAAUUUAUGGUUUAGUAGCAAGAGACAAAACAGUACUGGCAGAAUACACCGAAUUCGGAGGCAAUUUUUCCAACAUAAGCAGACUGCUUCUGGAGAUUAUCCCCCCCCAUUCCGCGAGGAAAUCAUAUAUCUACGAUGACUACGUUUUUCACCAGCUCAUGAAAAAUGGCAUCACGUUCAUGGCCAUGACGGACAAGGAACUGGGCUUCCUAACGCCCUACGCUUUUCUAGAAGAAAUAUCGAAAGUUUUCUUUAAGCACUUUAACUACACGUCUGAUUUUAUUGCCCUAUCGCUGGAUGAGGAGUUUAAGCCAGUUUUGAGAGAAAACAUGAGAAUCUUCAACAACUACGAAUCGAACGAUGUGCAUAACAUAAAAAAUAAAAUUAGCAACAUACAAAAUAUCAUCAUCGAAAAUAUCGAAAAGAUACUGGAGAGGAGAGAAAAAAUAGACAUACUCGUUAACAAGAGUGAGAAAUUAUAUCAGGAAAAUAUAAGCUUUAGACGCCAAGCCAUGAGGCUAAAUUUUUUUAUGUGGAUGGAAGAUAAUAGAUUUCUUAUUUACUUCAUUUCGUCCAUAGCUAUUUUUAUUUUUCUCAUUUGGUCCUUCUAUAACGUGUAA